AGAACGUGACUGCGAUGGUUGCCUUCGCGAAAGCCGUGCCAAACUUGCCUGCUCUUUGAAAGCGGCUCUCCGUCUCUUAACGCACCUUACGGUUCGCCGGUGGGGCUUAACGUCACUUGGAACCGGCGAGAGCCACCGUUCGCAGAUUGGAGAGUCGGCGGAAAACUUUGAAAAAGAGUACCACUACGGAGAAAUACAGCUGCGCGGCUGAACUUCCACCAGCAGCCCGGGGGGACCGGGAGGAGGAGUCAACAGGUCCCAGAGCUUAGGAGCUGCAAUCGAUUCAAGGGGAGAUUUCCUUGGCCAAGGACAGGGAGAUUGACGUUUUUGGGAAGAAGGGCUCGUCCGAGCAAUCGAUGCGGGCAGCCCACCAGCCGGAAGCCCAGUUGGCCGAACAGCACACCACUCAAUCAGUCUGAACAGCAACACAAAGGGGCUGCUGGCGACCAACAGAGGCGGAGGCUGUUGACUGCAAAGAGGAGGCCCAUCCAAGGAGAAGAGCUUUGUCUUGGCAUCAUGUGAUCUGCGCAUUCCCCAGGAGCGCUCUGCAGGGGAAUAGUAAAUCUACACUUCUUUGGAAGCAUUAUAACCACUAGCACCCCUAUCGCCACUAUCACCACUCCUGACUGCAGUCAUCAAAGUCACCUGUUCUUGACUCAACUUGCCUUCUGUCUCUUUCGCCUCUCUUCAUCUUGAAGAUAAGGAAUGGCCGUGCUAGUUUCCAGUCUCCCCAACGCCUCUCGCAAAUAAGGCCUUUCAGCUUCUUUCACAAUACCAGAGAAAGGAAGGAUAAAACGCUCUACAGUCCUCUUUUAUACUUCUACCCCGUGUCUGUUUUUUAUCUUUGUUUCCUUAGUAACUCAACCCUCAACACACACAUUCACUAAUCCAGCAGGAUUUAUUUGUCUUGGUGGCCAUUUUAUGGACACCAGCAUUCAAGUUUCCAAACCAUAAGGAGAUUUUUUUGACAAACUUCGCCCGGCAGUCUUUUGGAAUAUCUACUCAUGCAGUGUCCCUAUGGGGGAUUAAACCAGUCCAGGAAUUUACACUGACUCCUCGUUGGUUCUGUUAGUUUGCAUUAAGGUGGUUUUUCAGUGAGGUCUGUUUGUGACUGGAGGUGGACUGAGCCAUCAUGGCUGGGAAGGGCAACCCGCUGCCGGGCCCCCACCUCAACGGCUUCCCCAUGCCCACCUACUCCUACUUCUUCCCCCACAUGUUGGGGAGCCUGUCGCCUCCAGCCCUGGCAGGACUGCCCAUCAGUGGCUACAGCACCCCCUCACCAGCCACGAUAGAGACCCAGAGUACCAGCUCAGAGGAGAUAGUGCCAAGCCCGCCCUCACCUCCCCCGCCGCCCCGCGUCUACAAGCCCUGCUUUGUGUGCCAGGACAAGUCCUCAGGGUACCACUAUGGUGUCAGCGCCUGUGAGGGCUGCAAGGGCUUCUUCCGGAGAAGCAUCCAGAAGAACAUGGUGUACACUUGUCACCGGGAGAAGAACUGCAUUAUCAACAAAGUCACCCGCAACCGCUGCCAGUACUGUCGGCUGCAGAAGUGCCUGGAAGUCGGGAUGUCUAAGGAGUCCGUGAGAAACGACCGGAAUAAGAAGAAAAAGGAUGAGAAGAAGCAGGAGUGCACAGAGAGCUACGUGCUGAGUCCUGACACAGAGCGGAUGAUCGACAGGGUUCGCAAGGCGCACCAGGAAACUUUCCCCUCUCUCUGCCAGCUGGGCAAAUACACUACGACUAACAGCUCAGAACGACGUGUAUCCUUGGACGUAGACCUGUGGGACAAGUUCAGCGAACUCUCCACCAAGUGCAUCAUAAAGACGGUGGAGUUUGCUAAGCAGCUGCCUGGCUUCACAACGCUCACCAUCGCCGACCAGAUCACUUUGCUCAAAGCCGCCUGUCUGGAUAUCCUGAUACUCCGGAUCUGUACACGCUACACACCAGAGCAAGACACCAUGACUUUCUCAGAUGGUCUCACGCUAAACCGAACCCAGAUGCACAACGCAGGCUUCGGUCCCCUUACAGACCUGGUUUUUGCCUUCGCCAACCAGCUCCUUCCUCUGGAGAUGGAUGAUGCAGAGACGGGGCUUCUCAGCGCCAUCUGUUUGCUGUGUGGAGAUCGUCAAGACUUGGAACAAGCGGAGAAGGUGGACAUCCUGCAGGAGCCCCUCCUGGAGGCGUUGAAGAUUUACGUAAGGAGGAGGAGGCCCCACAAACCGCACAUGUUCCCCAAGAUGCUGAUGAAGAUCACUGAUCUGAGAAGCAUCAGUGCUAAAGGAGCUGAGCGUGUCAUCACCCUGAAGAUGGAGAUCCCCGGCUCCAUGCCCCCUCUCAUCCAGGAGAUGCUGGAGAACUCAGAAGGUCUGGAAAGCGGGGCCGCAGGUGGCCGGCCCAGUGGCGCCCCACCAGGCAGCUGCAGCCCCAGUCUGUCCCCCAGCUCUGCCCAAAGCAGUCCAGCCACACAAUCGCCGUAGUAGCGGCCCCACCUUUUUAUUUUUCCUCACCAUGCUCUCUGUCUCCUCCCACGACGUUCUAAAGAGGAGGGGCGAAGGAGGGGGCGGGGGGCCUUGACCCUGACUGCUGAACACAGGAGACUGGCAGAGCCAACCUCCAGCCUCUCCUACAACACAACUCCCCACCUCCUGAUCUGCUUUCCCCUCACUCUGGAGCACCGCCCUGACGUGAGGGGAGGUAAGGCCGGAGCAGGUCGGGGCAACAGGAUGCCUCUGAGAGACCACACCGUAAACACUGCUGAUGACUCCUCCUCCUUCUCCCUCCACGUUUCCCUCCACUGCUGCUCCUCCCCUCUCCACCUUUCUCCAAAAGACUAAUGGAAACAAAUCUGGAUGCAGUGGAGAGGUGUUUCGAAUGGAACUGAGAGCGGGUGGAGCACCGUGGGACAAAUAUACGAUCAAGGACGAUGCAUACAGACUGACUUGACGAACACCAGACACUUUUUUUUUGAUGUACUCUGAGGCAGACUGCAAGCUUGGGACUUGUCAAAAGACCCCCCCUCCUCAAAGACUCUGGGUCUUUUCUCUUUUUCCAACUUCGAAAAAAACAGAUUUCGUACAAAAAGAUAUAUAAAUAUAUAUAGAAAAAGUUAAGGAACUAUUGUGAUCGACAUGUCCAGAACAGAGCGGCAGGUUGAAACGAGGACAUGUUUUCUGAGAUUAGAAAUUGUUGUACUCCUUCACUGUUUGAAUCUUUUCAUACCCAUCUAGAGUAUUGAGAGAGACCUUUCAGUUUUAUCACAUUUGUACAUUAUUCUAAUUAACAAAAAGCAAAAGAUGUUGAAAUUUCUCUCCAGCCGACACACAUGCAAACACACACACAAACAAACAAACAAAUGUGCACAGAAAACAAGUCGCAAUGAAUAUCACCUACUAUUCCAGGUUGGAUUUGUUUUCCUUUUUUUUUUCUUUUUUCUUUUUUUUUGUUUUGUUUUGUUUUUGUUUUGUUUUUCUUGCUUCCAAGAGAAUGGAAAAAAAUGAUUGUAUGAACAUGGUUGUAUGAUAUGGUCACAGGUCCUUUCAAGAAAUCAAAAUUAAUGAAGAUUCAUUAUUAAGGUGUAUUUUAAGUAGCCUUUGAGUUUGUGUAUAUAAGCUGUAUUCAUUUCUUUAAAACUAUGAAGAGUUUUAGGCUUCACCUGAUUUUUUUUUUUUUUUAAGAAUACCUUUUAUGUGUUUUGUUUAUAGGUUUGUGAUGCAAGAAAAGACAUUUUGAGCACA